AAACUCCGUAGAGAUCAGUCGCUUUUACGGCAGGAAUCUAUCAUUCAAGUACAACUGAAUUGUUACUUCAGUGCCUGGACAGUGUUGAUUUCUUGUGAUUUUGCUGUGCUUCAGGAAAGUUUGAAGAAAUGGGCUCAAUGGGAAUAUUGUCUUUCACCAUCAAUGGUGUUCCUUAUAAUGAGCGCGCUAGUGAAUUGUCCAUUGAUAUGUCCCUCAACACUUUCAUUCGGACUCGCGCGAAUUUGACUGGGACGAAAUUCAUGUGCCUGGAGGGCGGAUGUGGAGUCUGUAUUGUUGUGCUGAAGGGCAUCCAUCCGGUGACAAAGGAGAAAGCGACCUGGGCGGUGAACUCAUGCCUCUUUCCGGUCUUCUCCUGCCACGAUCUCCAAGUGACCACUGUUGAGGGCCUGGGCAAUGUGAAAGACGGUUACCAUCCGAUCCAGGAGCGCCUGGCGCAUCUCAACGGGACGCAGUGCGGCUACUGCUCUCCUGGAAUGGUGAUGAAUAUGUACGGCCUUAUGGAGCACAAGGGUGGGAAAGUGAGUAUGGAAGAAGUGGAGAAUUCCUUCGGGAGCAAUAUUUGUCGCUGCACGGGAUAUCGUCCCAUUCUGGAUGCCUUCAAGUCUCUAGCCUCGAACGCCGACGAGAAGCUGGUGUCCCUGUGCAGAGACAUUGAGGAUUUGCCCAAGAAGUGUCCAAAAAGUGGGCUGAAGUGCGAGGGAAAAUGUCAUCCGGCGGAGAAGAAAUCCUUCAAACUGUCCGAUGCAAAAGAGUGGCACAAAGUCCUCAAUAUGCAAGACAUAUUCACCAUCUUCCAGGCUUCGGGAGACAAGAAGUAUAUGCUAGUGGCAGGAAACACUGCUCAUGGCGUUUAUCGUCGUGAUGCAGAUAUUGAACUAUUCAUAGAUGUGAAUUCAGUUGAGGAAUUGCGAAAACACUCCAUUGGAGACACACUUGUGCUUGGAGGGAAUGUUAAUCUCACGGAAAUGAUGGAGAUUUUGGAGAAAGCCGCCUCUCAGAAGCCAGCCUUUGAGUACUGUCGCGUCCUUAUCAAGCAUAUCGACGUGGUUGCGAGUGUUCCUGUGAGAAAUACUGGAACCAUUGCUGGGAAUCUCAGUAUUAAACACGCCAACAUUGGGUUCCCAUCGGAUAUUUUCCUGAUUCUGGAAGCAGUCGGAGCCAAACUCACCAUCAUAGAUGCUUCUGGGAAGACCACAGAUUUGUCUCUAGUGGACUAUUUGAAGUUCGAUAUGAAGAAAAAAGUUAUCUUGAAAGUUACACUUCCAGCUCUUGAUCCUUCCAGGAUCUUUGUCAGGACCUUUAAGAUUAUGCCUCGCGCUCAAAACGCCCACGCUUAUGUAAAUGCGGCUUUUGUGUAUGAAUUUGCUGACUCUUCGAAGGCCAAAUUGACUAAAGCUACCAUUUGCUUCGGCGGAAUCAAUCCAGUGUUUGUCCAUGCGAAGGCGACGGAGAAACUCCUGCAGAAUGUGAAUCUCUUCGAUGACGCCUUCUACCAAAAAGUCCUUACCACACUCGGCGAUGAGAUAAAUCCAGAUUGGGAAUUGCCUGAUGCUUCGCCAGAAUACAGGAAAAACUUGGCUCUGGCGCUCUUCUACAAGAGUUGCCUUGAUCUCUGUCCAGAAGAAAGGAUGAAGGGACAGUUCAAGAGUGGCGCUACUCAAAUUGACAGGAUUUUGUCUUCUGGAACACAGACUUUUGAUACUUAUGAGAAAAAUUGGCCCCUCACGCAGCCUGUUAAGAAGCUAGAGGCUCUCAUUCAAGUAUCUGGCGAGGCAAAGUACAUGAAUGAUCAUCCGCAUCGCGAUGAUGAUUUGUGGGCGGCUUUUGUACUCUCCAGCGAAGCCAAGGUUAAGAUUGCGCGAAUUGAUGCAACUGAGGCUCUCAAAGUUCCUGGAGUUGUGGCUUUCUACAGCGCAAAGGACAUUCCGGGCAUCAAUAGUUUCGUGUCUCUAAAAUGUCCCUUCACCACUGAACUCGAGGAGAUUUUUGCCAGUGAUCUUGUUGCCUUCCAUGGUCAACCCAUUGGAAUGAUCGUGGCUGAUACUUUUCCACUGGCCCAUUCAGCGGCACAGCUCGUGAAGGUGAUGUAUGAGAAGCCGGAGAAGCGGGAGCUCCUCGUGACACUGCGGGAUGUCCAGGAGGCCAAGGCGUGGCAUCGGAUCUGCAGUGAAAUCCACACGGAACCGACCAAGCAGGGCGUGAAGGGAAGUCACCAAAUCAGCGGACGAUUCGACAUAGGAAGUCAGUAUCACUAUACAAUGGAGCCUCAGACUACCGUAUGCGUUCCCACGGAAGAUGGACUUGAUGUCUUUUCUGCCACGCAGUGGAUGGAUCAGACUCAAAUAGCCAUUGCGGAUUGUCUACAAGUGCCCGAAAAUUCCGUCAAUCUUCAGGUUCGUCGCGUGGGUGGCGCCUAUGGUGGGAAAAUAACACGCUCUGGUCAGGUGGCUUGCGCUGCAGCCCUUGCAUGUCAUCAUCUGAGACGCACCAUUCGCUUCGUCAUGUCCAUUGAACAGAACAUGACGGCUAUCGGAAAGAGAUAUGCCGUCUCGUCUGAGUACGAGUGCGAAGUUGAUGAUUCUGGGAAGGUUCUCAAAAUGAAAAAUACCUUCAUGGAGGAUUUCGGGUGUUCAGCCAAUGAAGAUGUCACUGCCUUCGCCAACAAAGCAUUCCUGAAUGUCUACGACGGCGCCACAUGGGACGUAAUGUCCAAGCUGGUGAAAACAGAUGCUCCUGGCAAUACUUGGUGUCGUGCUCCCGGGAAUCUCGAGGGAAUGGCAAUGGCAGAAAACAUUAUGGAGCACAUUGCACACGUAACUAAGCGGGAUGUGAAUGAUAUUCGACUCCUAAACAUGCCUGGCGAUAGUCCCAUGAAGAAGUACUUCUCAGACUUUCGACAGUCGACGGAAUUUGAUGCGAGAAGGAAGGAAAUAGAUGCCUUCAAUGAGGCUAACAGGUGGAAGAAGCGGGGUAUUUCUCUAGUUCCCAUGACCUUCCAUCUUGAGUACUUCUUCACAAUGCCGGCUCUCGUGUCCGUUUAUCAUGGCGAUGGAUCUGUGUCCAUCACUCAUGGAGGAAUUGAGAUGGGCCAGGGAAUCCACACCAAGGCAGCUCAAGUGGCGGCUCAUAUUCUAGGCAUUCCGCUAGAGAAGGUCGCCGUGAAGCCUUCAAGUGUCCUUACAGCGCCCAAUUCACUCGUCAGUGGAGGAAGCAUAGCCAGCGAUACAAUUGCCUUUGCCGUGAUGAAAGCCUGCCAGAAUCUCCUGGAGCGAAUGAAAGGUGUCAAGGAGAAGAUGAAAGAUGCGUCCUGGGAGCAACUCUGUGCGGCUGCUUAUCUGAAUGGAGUUAAUCUCUGCUCAGCGUAUAUGUAUCGUCCAGGAGAUGCUAAGGAUUACCACAUCUGGGGAGUAACUUGCACGGAAAUGGAAGUAGAUCUCCUGACCGGCAACGUGCAGCUGCGUCGAGUGGACAUCCUGGAAGACACUGGAGAGAGUCUAAGUCCGAAUGUGGAUGUUGGCCAAGUUGAGGGCUCUUUCAUCAUGGGUGUGGGAUAUUGGCUCCAUGAAGCUCUUGUCUUCAAUCGCCAGAAUGGUGAGCUUCUCACAAACAGAACUUGGACUUACAAGCCACCAGGAGCCAAAGACAUCCCCGUUGACUUCAGGGUCACUUUCCUGCAGAAGAGCUCUAAUCCCGGAGGAGUGCUGCGCUCAAAGGCCACAGGAGAGCCUGCUCUUGCCAUGUCCUGUGGCGUGAUUUUCGCCUUGCGAUAUGCGCUCAAUUCAGCCCGAAAAGACGCAGGUCUUCCUCCUGAUUGGUAUCACAUCGGAAGCCCUUCAACUCCCGACGAGAUAUUCCUGUUGGCAGGAAACAAGGUGGAAGAUUUUCGUUUCCAGUAACGCUCUUAUAUCAAAUGAUAUCAAGCAGUAAGAAGAUCAGUAUUAAUAUUAUACUUAACAUAACGUUGAGAAAUGUAUAAAUAAACGGUUAAAGUUACUAAUUUUCAUAGUUGAUUUCAUAUAUUCCAACAAAAAUAAGAUUACGAAGAACACAGAUGUUAUACUUGUUCUCAUCGUCACAGGCAAUGAGUGCAAACAUAUCAAACAUAUAAUAUUUUUCCGCUCGAAAAUUUUAUUAUCUCGUUUUAUUUCACUUCGAGUUAAUUUAACCGGAAAAUAUAAACAUUCCCACAAACACUUUUACUACAAUAAUACCUAAUACUUUUUAUAAAAGCAAUGUGUAUGUAGGUCAAUUGUUGCAAAAUCAGAAUAAUUCGCGAUGACUAAUUAAGAGGUAAACACGUUAUGGUUCAUACGUUUAUUAAAUAAAACAAAUGGGAAUAAAAAUAAAUUGCC